GAAGUGUCCUCCCCUCUGCUGCUUAAGAAUACUGGGCUGCCGUUAAUGUCAGUCCUCUUCUACCGUCGGAUCACAGCUGUGGCGGCAGUCCCCGAGCCAUAAAACGUCGAAUAAAACCAAACAAUCUUAUUCCGGUUGCUUGAGUCAGUAAAGAAGCGACGGUCUUGGCAGAAGAAUGGAUCAAAAUCGUCAACAGCGCGGUGUCCCUCAAAAUGUUGUCCCAGUUGGGGGCUUCAGGCAAGGUACUGUUCCCACAGUGGAACGAGGAAUCAUCAUCGGAGACAAUGUCCAGUUUGGAAGGCUGAGACGUCGCUCAAAUUUGUCUCAAUCUGAGAGCUCAGGGGCUGAAGAGGAGCGUCUGGGCUUCUCUAUGGAGGCCAGUGGCUCCUAUGGUCGAAGCCCCAUCCUCCAGGGCAUGCAGGCAGAGGGGGUAUGGUACAACCGCACCGCCUAUGAGCAAGCUGAGGGCAACUACCAUCGGCGACUUGCCUCCAAUGGAAAUGGACCACUGUCAUCCUCCCCACGGAGCCCAAAUACCAAAGGAACUUUGACCUUCCACUCCAGCUUCAACAGCGAUCAACGACAGGAUGAGGGGCACGCCGUCAUGACUGUGAAGGCCUCGGGUACCCCUCACCGUCGGCUCGGUAAAGGUCGCAAUCGCACUUCUUCUGAGACCGAGCAGGGGGGCAAGGGCAGCAGGGGGCCGAACCAAAGGAAGAAGGGCCUCUCCAAGACUGAAAGCAGGCCAAGAUGGGUCAAUACCAACAUGAGCGGACUGCAGUGCCUCGCCACAGAGAACAUCUGGUUCGACAAAGGCCGCUACGACGAGGCGGAGAAGCGCUUCUACGAGGGAGCCAACGGCCCCGCCACUCAUCAGCAACAGGCAAAAGCAGACCAGCAGCACGCCAAAGGUCGCCAGCAGAAACGCCGGCACAGAAAUUCGUCCUCUCAUGGAGGAGACCAGGAGUUGAUUUCCCGCAUGAAGAGCCUGGAGCUGGAAAACCAGACUCUGCACAAAGUGGUGGAGGAGAUGAGGGCUGCCGUGCAGAAGCUCGAGUCCAGAGUGGCUGUGCUGGAGAAGUCUCCUGCACCAGCAGCUGUCCAUUGUGCAAAGGCUGCACCAGUCCAGGCAGCUCCAGUCAAACAGGUGAAAGUGACAAACGGCGACGAUGAUGACGACAUAGACUUGUUUGGCAGUGAUGAGGAAGAUGAAGAGGCAGAACGCCUCAAGCAGGAGAGACUGGAAGCCUAUGCUGCCAAGAAAGCAAAGAAACCCGCCGUUAUUGCCAAGUCCUCCAUCCUGCUGGACGUCAAGCCUUGGGAUGAUGAGACUGAUAUGGCAAAGCUGGAGGAGUGUGUGCGCUCCGUGCAUAUGGACGGGCUUCUCUGGGGGGCUUCGAAGUUGGUUCCGGUCGGAUAUGGCAUCAAGAAGCUGCAGAUCAACUGUGUGGUCGAGGAUGACAAGGUCGGCACAGACAUCCUGGAGGAGGAGAUCACCAAGUUUGAGGAUUAUGUCCAGAGUGUAGAUGUUGCUGCCUUCAACAAGAUCUAAUCAUCUUCACCACCAAAGUGCUAAUGCUGCUCCCAGCUUGAGCGGUUAUUAAAAAGCUGAAUCUAGAGCA